GUGCGCGCGCGCAUGUAUCCACGAUCUAUUUCCAAAGUUACAGGAAAAUCUACGAUAAAACUGUAAAUUGUAGCAAAAAUGGUCGGACUCCUUUUCAUAGUAAAUAUACCGCGAAAAGAAUACGAGGAGACGCUGAGAAAGAAAGAACAAUCAAAAUUGAUUAUAGAUAAAGAAAAAAUCGAGAAAACUUCUGAAAUAAUCCGGGAGCUAAAAGAGAAUAAAAAAUUUAGCAGUUUAAUAUCGAAUACGGAUUUGGAUAAAAAUAUAUCGAAAUGCAAGUCGACUGACUGCCUUCAUACCGAUGAUAAGUUAGUCGGAUUGUAUAAAUCCAGAAGUGAGAAUACUCUUAGUGAUAGCGUAGAUAGUAAGCGUACGUCGUUUGAUGAAGUCAAGCAAAUAAUGAAACCUAGGAGGAACAAACUUGAGAUUACAAAGCCGGUCAGGGGAAUUGACAUCCUUGGGGCAUUUCACUGGGACACGCCGCUGGAAACUAUUUUGGCGGAAAUAAUCGAGAGUUUGAACAUUUUCAAUGCAACAUGGAAUUCAACAAAGGAUAAUAAGUUUUGGAAGGUCAUGUUCUCCUUAGAAUCUGGAAACCUUUGCGAGGAACUUCUCCAAGUCUUGAGGACCUUCGGCAUCGGGUCCAGACAUCAUUCAUCUGUGAGCGUAAUCCCCUGCAGCCUCUACUAUAAAUCAAGCUCCAAUGACGGACGGACAGCUGAAAAGGAAAAAAUAUGGCAGAGCGACACCAACUCUGCAUGGACCAAAUUCUCCUCAUCAGUUCGGGCUCGCACAAACUUAGCUCAAGUUCUUCACCAGGUGCGCGCGGACGCUGCUCUGACCUUUGACUGGAUAUUCCUGCUCGUGGUAGCCGCUUUUGUAGCUGCUAUAGGCCUAGUGGAGAAUUCCACUGUUAUAUUGGUGGCUAGUAUGCUCAUCUCACCACUGAUGGGUCCAAUAACAGCGGGUACACUCGGCACCGCCGUCCGAGAUAGGUCUCUGCAGCUCAUGGGCUUCAUGCACGAGACCCUGGGCUUGUUUCUGUCGCUGGUCAUCGGCUUCAUCUUCGGCCUCACCAUCUGUGCAGUCGACGAGACUUACGGAGUUGGAGACUGGCCUACUUAUGAGAUGAUGACUCGUUGUGAAAUCCGGUCCUUAUGGGUGGGAGUGCUGAUAGCCAUCCCAAGUGGUGCUGGAGUAGCCCUGGCUGUAUUAGGGGACUAUACGGCAUCCCUGGUGGGAGUGGCCAUCUCAGCGUCUUUGCUACCUCCAGCAGUCAACGCUGGUUUACUCUGGGCCAUGGCGUUGGUUCACCUGAUAUACGCCGAAGACGAGACCCGCUGGACUCGAGUGGUGACCACGUCCCACUUCAGCGCGGACCAGGCCACUGAGCUCGCAGUCCUUGGCUGUGUAUCUCUGUGUCUCACUCUCCUCAACAUCGUGUGUAUUUAUAUCGCCGGGUACGCUGUAUAUAAGGUGAAGGAGGUGUGUCCUUUGGAGAGGCGCGACAUCUCCUGGUGGCGAGCAAACAAAAACCGUCUACAGGCGUCGAUUAAUAGAAAAAAUGUCAACGGCUGGGAUGAUUACAGCAAAUGGAGCAAUGAGCCAGAUGAGAUCAAACAAGAGAUGGUGAAGAAGGAACCAGGACUAGUUCACAGCGACACCGUCACCUACCGCCGACACCAACUUCACCAGAGACCUAGAGUCCAACACAUUGAGGACUACUGCUAUCAGAAGGAACAAACAGAAGAUAUCUACGACGAUUUGAAAAUCAACUCUCCGACAAUCAACCCUGAAGAUCAAAAUACAAAUAAGAAACCUGAAAAAAACAUCAGCUGGAAAGACAGUACAAAUGCAAGUUAUGACUCUAAAUAUAACCCAGAUGUGAGUUUCUACAACAUGGGCUUUGAAAAUGAUGUGAAUACUAGUAAUGUAAUAACUACAAAUAAUACACACCCUGUGAUAGAGCCAUCAUCGAACUAUACAGUUGAUGCGAGAAAUUAUGGCGUUGUAUUAGAAAAGAAAUCUUUCCAUGUUUGAAUUACUUUUGUUACUAUGUUCUUAUUUAGAAUAAAUUUUUAAACAAUGCCAAUAUAUGAUCAGUGGCGUAAUUAUAGUAUACCGCCUUUGGGCUCAGGGCCAGUUGCAUUUUGCAUCGUUAUACAUAGGUACGUUUCGUUUUACGCCGAAAGGAUUCUGUAUAUUUUAUUUAGAUUUUUAUGGUUACGCCACUAUUCGUGUUUAUAACUUACUCGUAAGUACACUAUAAUCAUGAUCUUCAAUAUUGUGGAAGAUGUUAAGUAUUUUGUGAUUUAGUAAGACUAUUUUCCACUAAAUUUUUAUAAAUAAAGUUUUUGUUUAAAUGAA